CAUUUUCCUAUGCAUCCCAUAUUAAGUCCUGUGAGGAGAUUAGAGGAUUAGUAGGUAUGUUGUGAAUAAUUUUUAACCCAUAUGAAACCAUCUUUUUCUGGAUGGACAGUUAUUUAUUAGACUAUUAUCAUAAACGUUAAGUAGUUUUUGCUGACGCAUUCAUUGGCUGACUCAUUCUAAUGAGAGGUUUUUCGUGUUUGAUCACAUUUGUUUACGGUUUGUCUCUGCAAAUAUACCGGUAGGUUUCAACGCGCUAAGUUUCGUUUCUCUGACUGUGACGAUGUGGGUGCGCCUGCUUUAAUUACCAGAGCAGGACCUGUUGUAGUACUGUACUACUAUUACAAUACUCACUGAACGACACCGCCCAUGUUGACUGUCCAGGAAUCGAAAGCGAUCAAACGUCUCCGGGAUUUCCUGAGAGACGCAAAACAACAGUAUCCACAGCUGAUGAGUUAUAUCCGUAUUCAGACGAGUGUCCUGGACGAGUUUGGAUACAUUUGAUAAUACUGAUCAUUGAUCAUGGCUAAUGCGAAGCUGCAUAAACACUGCCAAACUGGACUGGACUUCUUUGAGUUUUUGAAGGAGACACAUCGAGAGUCCAUCACAGAUAGACUUGAACUCAGAGACAUUUACAACAGUGACUUCAGGAGCAGGAAUCCGGGGACCAAGGAUCCAAACUUUGGCGCUAUCCUCUUUGCCCUGAAAAGGUUAAAAAAAAUAACCAGAAGAGGAGAUACUAUUCGCUUCAACGCAUCGGUCCGAGAUCUUUAUCAGGACCAGUGGCACACACCCAGGGCCCGUCAGCCACCGCCUGUCCAGAAUGGAGCAGCCAGCCCUGGUGCACCACAGAAUCACAGCUCCGCAGAUGAAGCACCGUCAGGAGUGAGAGCUCGUAGAAAAAUGGCCAGUCUUCUGAUGAACCAACUCAAGACAGACUGGUCUCAGUUAAGUGCUAACAAGCAUGGUGUCCGCAUCACCAGCGACCAGCUGUUUGAGAACGGAAAACUAAGCUUGUUUAUGGAAAACACAUAUGAGGGCUUGAUAACUCUGAAUGUGGAGAACACUGGAACACAAGUGGUGUAUUUCACUUACUACACUCUACUGUACUGGCUCAGAAACUUCAAGCUGACUGACGAGUGCAAAGUGACCAAACAGAACCCUCUGUCACUCAAACCUGGUGACUCCUAUGAAAUCCAGGUUCACUUCAGCAGCAGUUCCGUUGGUUUCUAUCCAGCUACACUGGCCUUUGAGUUCAAACCAGACCUGGAGCCCUCCUCCCCUGCCUUCUACAUCGUGCGCUAUAUUGAGGUCAAAUGUCGAACUUCUCUGGGGGUAGAGCUGGCACCUGUAGCCCCUUACAAGCCUCGCUCCAUCCCUCCUUGGACUCCACAGGCUCCUUGCAUGAUUGUGGAAGGACUGCCACCUGAAGGGCUGUCAGUGAUGAGGCUGGAAUAUGUGGUUAAAGUAAAACAGUAUGACAAGCCAAAAUACAUGGACCAGCUCCUCAAGUCACUGAAUCAGCCUAUCGCCUUCUCUGAAAGAAGGACCUUGCUGGAGAGUCCCCUGAGCUGGGAGAACUACUCCGAGAAGUUCCACAUUCUGCUGUAUCUGGAGGAGCAUCAGAUGGAGGUUGACAUCACGAAAUACAACAUCCCCAGCGAGGGUGAGGAACCCGCUGUCAUGGAAAAAGACAAGAAUCUCUUCAUUCUGGAGGUACUUGGUGUGUCUGAGAACCGCCCGUCUGUGCUACGAGGAGAUGCUCUGAUGGUGUAUCCUGAAGGAGAGAAAAGAGUGAAGUACCGUGGCUACGUCCACAGUGUGAACCUGGACCGUGUCAAACUGGGCUUCAGCUCAGAAUUGCAGAAACGCUGGAUCAAAGGCAUGAAGUUCCAUGUUGAGUUCACUAUCAGCCGCCUGAUCCUGCGUCUCCAGCACAGAGCAGUAGAAUUUGCUACAACGUACAGACUGAGGGAUGUGCUGUUUCCAAGUGCACCUCCCUUCUCCUGUCAAAAAAAGCUUCCCCAUCUCAGUCUUUUUGACAGGAAGCUGGAGAAAAACCCAGAGCAGUAUCAAGCGGUACAACACAUUGUAGCCGGGUCAUCCAAACCAGCCCCGUACCUGGUGUUUGGUCCACCUGGAACAGGCAAAACUGUGACUCUGGUGGAGGCCAUCAAGCAGAUAGAGAAGUCCCAGGCCUCCUGCCACAUUCUGGCCUGUGCUCCUUCAAACAGCGCUACUGAUCUGCUCUGCAAGAAGAUUUUGGAGCAUGUGGAAGGACGUAAAGUGCACCGCAUGUAUGCAACCAGCAGGGAUCCACAGCUUGUCCCUGAUGAACUGAAGGCAUGCUCUAACCUGGAAGGUGACUGUUACGUUUAUGAAGCUAAAGAGAAGCUGAUGGAGUAUAAGAUCAUGGUCACCACAUUGUUAACAGCUGGACGGCUGAUCUCAGGAGGCAUUCCUGCAGGACAUUUCACUCACAUGUUUGUUGACGAGGCAGGACAUGCUGUGGAGACCGAAUGUUUAAUUCCUCUGGCAGGGUUGCUCGAUGCAGAGUCUGGUCAAGUUGUUCUGGCUGGAGACCCCAAGCAGCUUGGACCCAUUCUCAGAUCUCCUUUUGCCCUGAAAUAUGGCAUCGGAGUGUCACUGUUGGAGCGCUUGAUGAAUGAUUUCUCUCUGUACCGGAAGGACAACGACCAAUUCAACAAGUCCUUCGUCACCAAACUGCUACGCAACUACAGGUCCCAUCCUGCCAUUCUGAAGAUUCCCAACGAGCUCUUCUAUGACGGAGACCUGGAAGUUUGCGCAGAUGAAAUUUUACGCAACUCCUUCUGUGGAUGGGAAUGGCUCCCAAAGAGGAACUUCCCAGUGAUCUUCCACGGGGUGAUCGGUGUUGAUGACCGUGAGGCCAGCAGCCCUUCAUACUUCAACAUAGCAGAGGUGGAGGUGCUGAUGUACUACGUAAAGAAACUUCUGGAGACACAUGGCAAGAAGGGACAGCCCACUAUUACACCAAAAGACAUAGGCAUCAUCGCCCCCUAUAGGAAACAGGUGCAGAAAAUCCGCAAGGCCCUGGAUAAAGUUGGGAAAGAACUUAAAUCCAAGAACAUGGAGCCCCUCAAGGUUGGCUCAGUGGAGGAAUUCCAAGGCCAGGAGAGGAUGGUGAUCUUGGUGUCUGCAGUUCGGAGCAGCCCCAAAUACCUGGAGAAGGACCAACAUUUCCACCUGGGAUUUGUCAAGAAUCAGAAGAGAUUCAAUGUGGCUGUGACUCGAGCCAAAGCCCUGCUGAUUGUUGUGGGAAACCCUGUUGUGCUGAACACAGACGUUACAUGGAACCGCUUCAUCCAGUACUGCAAAGAUGAAGGAGGAUACACUGGCUACAGUCAAGCGGAGGAAGAGGACGACAUUGAAACAAGACUUUCACAACUCUAUAUUGGGAUUAACCCUCAAGUGGAGGUUGAGACUGAAGAGAGCGUAGUUCAGCAGCAGCUGGAUCCUGAAUGGAGGAAUGACCUGUGAGCAACUGGAUACCUUGGACUUCCUCUAGCACCUGAAGAGACAUGUUUUGAGUUUAAUUAGGUAUUUGUUUUCACCAGACAUUAAUCAAUUCUCCUAAAAGGGAUCAUCAUGGUGUCUUGUGCCUCUGCACCCAUGCAGUGGUCCCUGAGGACACAAAAGACAGCAUCUAGAAACAUGGUGGUCAUGUAGCUGAGACAUUUUUAGCUUAGCUUUAACAAAAACACAAUGACCAAAGUUAUCUUCAACUUCUGUUGAUAUGUCAUCCUAAAUCCUGAACACUGCACUGUUAACAGUAUAAAACACUGCCAGUAUUUACAAGGCAUGACAUUUUAAAUACAAGCAAUAGGAUAUAGACAUGAAGUCUAAUGUUUGUUUACAUCUGUAAGUGGACUCAACAGUUUCACAUAAAACAGCUGCAAUCACUGAUUUAAUUCAACUUGAAUGUUCAAUUUUAAACUUUUAUACUUGAAGAUGUAUUUUGUCAACACAGCCUCAGGUUUGUUGUUUAGGUCUGUCCGUACAGCUGCUUUAUUCGUAUAUACACCAAAUGAAUGAAUCAUGUAUGUAAGCGGUAUUUUCUGAAUAAUAACAAAAAAAAAAUCACAUAUGGAAUGCAAGUGCACCAAAUUCCUUCUACUGGAUGAUCAAGUUUGGAUUGUUUACAACUUGUUCUGUGUGUUUUGUUAAAUCCCAUUUUGAUACCAAGAAAAUGGUAGUAAUUUGCAAUAAAUUGACUUGAGUAUUUAAAAAAAAAAAAA